AUGUCUUCUCAGGAGGUCCCCAAGACCGGCCGCGCCGCCAUCGUCGUCCACCCUGUCCCCAAGCCCGGCAAGGGCGAGCUCCUCCUUCGUCUCAGCGCCACUGGUCUCUGCCAGAGUGACGUCCACUUUAUGAAGAACGAUUGGCAUUGGCCAAUCUCGGAUGGAUGCAAUAUUGUUGGGCAUGAGGGUGCCGGCAAAGUCGUCGCACUCGGCGAGGGUGUCGACCCCGAGGUGUGGAAGAUUGGCGACCGCGCCGGCGUCAAGCCGCUCGACUCGGUCUGCGGCGAGUGCCGCUCCUGCCGCCGCGGCCACGAGACGCACUGCGCCAAGCUCGUCGCCGUCGGCGCUCACGUCAACGGCUCGUACGCCGAGUACGCCGUCGUGACGGCCAAGUACACGAACCGCAUCCCCGAGGGCCUUUCCGACGAGAUGGCGGCCCCCAUCCUCUGCUCGGGCGGAACGGUCUACGCCGCGAUCAAGCGCUCGAACGCACGCGCCGGCCAGUGGCUCGUCAUCCCUGGCGCCGGCGGUGGAGUCGGCUCGAUGGCUGUGCAGUACGCCCGCUAUGCCGGAAUCCGCGUCCUCGCCAUCGACGCCGGCGACAAGGAGGAGCUGUGCAAGUCUCUCGGUGCUGAGCAGUUCAUCGACUUUACCUCGUGCUCCGACAUCCACGCCGAGGUCAAGAAGAUCACCAACGGCGGCGCCGACGCCGUCAUCGUCACCGGUGGCUCCAAGUCGGCCUACGAGAACACGCACCGCAUGCUCGCUCCGGGCGGCACCAUGGUCUGCAUCGGCAUGCCCGGCGCCGGCGUCGCGAGCGCCGGCGGCGACCCGCUCGAGCUCAUCAUGGGCGGCGUCGCCAUCGUCGGCUCGCUCGUCGCGGGCCUGCAGGACGUCGACGAGGCGCUCGAGAUUGCGGCGCUCGGCGGCGUCAAGCUGUCCAACCUGCACGUGCACCCGUUCGAGGAGCUCCCGGAGCUCAUCAAGAAGCUCGACGCCGGCAAGAUGGUCGGUCGCGCCGUCGUCAAGUUCGACAAGUAGCCCCGACUCCCAGCGACGUUUUUGCGAGCAGUCUGACGAUCAGUGGAAAUUACGAAUAGCAGUGCCCC